GAUUUCCGCGCCGCUUUGGCAUUUUUUUGUACUCGUCGAGAUAGGACGAUUGCCAAAUUUUUAGGUCCCUAAGUCCAUUUUUGCGCCCAGGGUGGCGUUUUUUAGAUUUCUCUGAACUUAUUUUAGUAGUUUUGUUGAAAUUGGGCACUUAUUUCCCUUUCUUGGCUCUCCACGGCACAAUUUCAACGCUAGCGCAAUGAUUUUGUGCUUAAAAGAUGCGUAUUGAAUAGAGGAAGAGAUUCCCGUGGUCAAAUUUUACUUUCAAACCCAUCUUCGUGGUGACCCAAGCGAUUUUGUAAAUUAAAAACAUGUAAAAAUUAGGUAAUUUUGCCUAAUUUCGGGGAGGGAUCUUUCAAUGACCGACAUCGAAAUUUGAACUUUUUCUGACGGAUUCUUGAAGGUCUUGGGGAGAUCUUUCGAGUUCCGGUGCCAGAAAAUAUGGGACCGGCCCUAGUUUAGCCGCUACAGCCCUCCAAAGUUUCGAAAAAUCCCAAAUUUGCACCAAAUGGUGCAAAGAGUGAACUUCGGCUUGCAGGCCCAGGGCAAUGGCCAUGCGGGUCCCAGGCCACACCGGCCCAACUAUAACUGACCUCUGCAAUAACUUCUACUUGACCCCAAGCCCCAGGGUCACACACCGGCCCGGGGAAAGGGGAGGGAAGGAAGAAAAAAACGUGAAUUUUCAAAAAAUUACGCCUUUAGCUAUGUCCUCCUAGCCCCGCUCCAGUGGUUAUUAUGGACCUCGGAUCCCUUAUGUUUGACAAUACUUGACCUCCCCUCUUCAUCCCCCUCCCUCAAUCCUUCCCACUCGGAAGAAGAGGGUGCUCCAUUGUCAUUCGCGCUCAUUUGUCCGGGGAGCGCCUGCGAUCAGGUAGGGUAGGCAGCCCCCACAGCACGCGUGCCGUUCGGUGGCCUACGCUGCAUACGAGUACCAUUAAGGGCUAGACCACACAUGAUCGUAAGGCAGUGGCUCUGGCUGGAGCCGCUUUGUUUCAAGUUGGUAGUCCUGGAUCACUGCUACGAUGGGGGAUAUUUUUGCCAACUAAUUGGUAACACGACUGGUCUCGAGGGCUGUUAUUUUUGUUGUGAUCGCUGGUGAAUGGCAUUCCCUCUGGGUCAUGAUAUUUUCUAUCGUGAAGCUUUCUUAAAUCAUUUGCGAGGUUUCCGAAGGCACAGAGCAGCUCUUUUAUGUUCCUUUCUUCAAUGAAAGAUGGAACGAGGUGGGUGGUCAUCACGUCGCUAGUUAGUGUUUACCAAGAUUGUUGAUGUCGAAGCUAGGUUAUGUUUCUUGUUUUAGCCAAGAAAAAACCAGCUCAAGCUCCAGCUCCCAUAAAUUUUUGUGUUGGCCAGCACAAAAAAAAUGUUUGGGCCGGUGUCUUUAAGGUUGGGGCUCAAUAUGCUGGUACCAAGUUGGAGCCUUAUGUUGGAAAGUAUCUGUGCAAGAAAUGCCGUCAAAGGGUUCUUGGCUGCACUGAAGAUUCAAGCAGCACAUCUACUGAUUUGGUUGAAUUUACCAGUCCUAAUGUUAGUCAAGCCUGCACUUCAGGUCUGCGCAGCAGUUCCUUGUCAGAUUCUAAUGCUGACUGGAAUUUCCCUGAACAAACCACUCAUCCCACUCAAGCCGCCUCAACAACUUCAGCCACAGGUGGUAUCGGAAAUUAUGGCAGUCCAGAUCAGCCUUCCACAUCUACCAUCGCAGAUCCCACUGCGGACCAGGUUUCUUGUGACUUCAGUUUUGUUGAACCCACCAAACACAAUCGGAAUCAGGCCUCGACAUCUGUAGCUAUAGAUGAUAACAGACUUUCUGGCAAUCUAGUUCAGCCAUCUACAUCUACCUGCUCAGGUUCUAGUGCUGGUCAGGCUCCCAGUGCCAUCAACUUUGAUGAACUUUCCAAUGUCAAUCAGAUUCAGGCCUCAUCAUCUGAAACCGGAACUGAUAUCGGAAAUGAAGGGAUUAACUUAACACAGCCCUCUACAUCAGCUAAAGCAGAGUUUUCUGAUACCAGAAACUUGUGUUCUACCAAGAACAUUUGCUGUGAUCCCUUUGACAAACAUUAUGCACCCAUUUUCUCUGACCUUCGACUUCCAUCACUGGAACUGCGAAAGCAAGCAAUGACACUUGAAGAAAAAAUAGUUUUGUCAGAGGAUGAAUACCUGUGUGGGGCAUGUCGCAAGAGGAUUCAAACCAAUGCAGUUAAAGAUGAUGAUGAUGAUAACACUCCCACCAACUCUCAACACUCCUCAGCAUCUGUGGAUUCACCAACCAUAAGACAGGCAAAGGCUAAAACUUUCAUUGAGACUAUAUCAGGAGCACCCAUUGACUUGAAAUAUUAUGAAAAGGGAAGAAAAAUUAAUUAUGCCAAGAGGAAACUUGAAGAUAUAGACAGUAUUGUAAGGAAGAAAUUGUGCACUGCCUUGAAUUUACCAGAGAAUUCCUUAGACUUAGGUGAAAAUCCAGAAUCAGCUGAUUUUUAUGAAAUUUUAAUUGCACUUCGAGACAAGAUUCCAUCCUUGCCAUACGAAGAUAAAAUUCAACUGCUGACAAUUGCUCCAACAUCAUGGUCAGUGCGGAAAGUUAGUGAAUUUUUUAAAGUGUCUCGGUAUGCAGCUAAGAAGGCCAAGACUCUACGUGCAACUGAAGGCAUUUUUGCAAAACCACCACCUUAUCUUGGUCGCCCAAUUCUUGAGAGCACCAAAAAGUUAGUGAUUGAAUUUUAUUGUAGUGAUGAUGUCAGUAGAGUGAUGCCUGGGAAGAGAGACAGCGUGAGCAUGGGACAGGGUGUGCAUGAGCAGAAAAGACUUUUACUUGGUAACUUAAAAGAAUUGUACGCUAUCUUCAAGCAACAAAACCCUUCCAUAAAACUUGGCUUCUCUCUUUUUGCUGCCCUUCGACCAAAAUUCUGUGUGAUGGCAGGGUCAGCGGGAACCCACAGUGUGUGCUUGUGCACCACUCAUCAAAAUCUCAAGCUGAAGUUCCAUGCACUCAAGAUCAAGGAAAAAUUGAAAGAAGUUAUUCCAACUUUAGUUUGUGAACCCUCUACUAGAGAGUGCAUGCUCAGAAUUUGUCCAAAGUGCCCCAAGGAAAAAGACAUUCUUUCUAUUCUUGAGAAGUACAUUCUAAAAGGAUGGACUGAUACUUCUGAAGAAGAGACGGAAGAACUGGAUGAGACUGAAGAACUUGACGAUGCAGAUGCUCUCCAAGACAUCUUACAAGAGACAGUACAGUACAAUCAGUGGACAACAGUUGACAGGGCUGAAAUUGUUACCCAUCAAAGUACUGUUAAAGAUCUUCUUCAUUCAGUAGUCAGUGAUUUGCGUAAAGCUAUACCACAUGAUUACAUAUCAAGAGAACAGGGAAAAUUUUUGAAGGAGAAGAAAGAAAGUAUGAACUCUGAUGAAGCUAUUAUUAUCAUGGAUUUCAAUAUGAAUUAUUCAUGCUUGCUCCAAGAUGCCAUUCAAAAUUACCACUGGUCCAAAAAGCAAUCCACAGUCCAUCCAACUGUCAUCUAUUACAAGGAAGAUGGGGUUUCAAAGCAUGUUAGUCUCUGCUUUAUUUCUGAUGAUUUGGAUCAUGACUCCUCCUUGGUGCAAGCCAUUCAAGACGCUACAAUUAAAUUCAUUACUGAGAAACUCCCUUUCAUUAAGAAAGUAACGUACUUGACUGAUGGCUGUGGUCCUCAGUACAAAAACUUUCGGAGCUUUAUCUACAUGUGCAAGCAUUUCUCCAAAUAUGGGAUAAAAAUGACUUGGUGUUUUUUUGCCACGAGCCAUGGGAAGUCAACCUGUGAUGCAAUUGGGGCCCAUGUCAAACGGAGUGCUGUAAGAGCCAGUCUCCAACGCCCUAUUGAUAAUCAAAUUACAGAUGCGCAGAGGCUUUUUGAGUUUUGCAAGAGCUCCGCCUUAAGCAGUACUGUCUCAUUUUUUUUUAUUUCCAAGGCAGAGGUUGAUCUCAGAAGAAUAAGUGACAGGGAUAUAAUUGCUCUACCAAUUCCUGGCACUAGGUCAUUCCAUCACUUUUUUCCCCUAUCUGAAACUACAGUUGGAUGCAAAAGGGUUAGCUCUGACACUCGAUUUACCCUUGUGCACGAGAUCUGCGAAGCCAGUGAGCCUCUCACCCUUGAAAUAAAUAAUUAUGUGGCCGUUAUAGUGGCAAAAAAAGUCUAUGUGGCCCUCCUAACCGAUAUUGACACCCAAGAGCAAGAGGCUGACUUAAUGUUGCUGUACCCACCUCUCCCAGCAACAAGAUUUACAUGGAAUGAGGAGUCAAGUGGCUAUGUGGCACCAAUCCCACACAUUCUGGCCACAGUUCCAGUGUCAGAGGAACCGUCAUCAGAAUACUCCAUAAGCAAGGAUGAAAUCGCAAGGAUCAGAAACUUAGCACAACUCAGAAAAAAAGUUAUUAAGAGCACAGUUGACAAUCAAUAAGGAAAUAAAUACAAUGUGCAACAUUUUUGGUGAACUUGUCUAUUCUUUGAAAACUCCA